GGCGGUCUCUUUGCGGAGAGAUCCGGAAAAUUGUGCUGCUCGGUUCGCGACUGUGCCCGAAGGACGAGGCCAACCUGAACUGGAAAGAGCACGAGAGGGACCGUCGGGAGAUACCAGCUUUCCAGAGAGUGACACCGGGACUAGAGUCGGAGCUGUGAAGAUGCCUCUGGCACAGUUGGCAGACCCCUGGCAGAAGAUGGCACUGGGGAGGGCGGUGAAUGAGGAUAGCCAUCAUGUUCUGGAUGACUCUGUGGGGGAGGACGACUCUCUGCACCUCUGCACGGAUGACGGGCCAGUGAAAGAGAUCAACAUAACUCACCAUGUGAAGGAGGGGUCCGAGAAGGCCGACCCAGGACAGUUUGAACUCCGCAAGGUCCUCGGACAAGGCUCCUUUGGCAAGGUCUUCCUGGUGAAGAAGAUCAAGGGACCAGAUGCAGGCCAGCUGUAUGCCAUGAAGGUGCUGAAAAAAGCCACACUGAAAGUGCGUGACCGGGUCAGGACUAAGAUGGAGAGAGAUAUCUUAGUGGAGGUCAACCACCCCUUCAUUGUCAAGCUGCACUAUGCAUUCCAGACGGAGGGGAAACUCUACCUGAUCCUCGACUUCCUGAGAGGAGGAGAUCUCUUCACUAGACUCUCUAAGGAGGUGAUGUUUACAGAGGAGGAUGUGAAGUUCUACCUGGCAGAGCUCGCUCUGGCCCUGGACCACCUGCACAGCCUGGGAAUAAUCUACAGAGACCUCAAACCAGAAAACAUUCUGCUAGACGAAGAAGGACACAUUAAGCUAACCGAUUUCGGCCUCAGUAAGGAAUCGAUAGACCACGAGAACAAGGCGUACUCCUUCUGUGGUACAGUGGAGUACAUGGCCCCGGAGGUCGUCAACAGACGAGGACACACGCACAGCGCCGACUGGUGGUCGUACGGCGUGCUCAUGUUUGAAAUGCUGACAGGAACGUUGCCAUUUCAAGGAAAGGACCGGAAAGAAACCAUGACCAUGAUUCUGAAGGCCAAGUUGGGGAUGCCACAGUUCCUCAGUUCAGAAGCUCAGAGUCUCCUCAGGAAUCUUUUCAAACGCAACCCUUCCAACAGACUAGGAGCGGGACCAGACGGCGUGGAGGAGAUCAAGAGACAUCAUUUCUACAACACCAUUGACUGGAAUAAGCUGUACCGUAGAGAGAUUCAUCCUCCGUUUAAACCGGCUGCAGGGCGACCCGACGACACGUUCCAUUUCGAUCCAGAGUUCACAGCUAAAACUCCCAGAGACUCUCCAGGGGUACCUCCCAGUGCCAAUGCCCAUCAGCUGUUCAGAGGCUUCAGUUUUGUGGCCAUAACAGAGGAAGAGACACAGCCACAACCCAAUACUAUUGUACAGCAGCGGCACAGGAGUACGUCUCAGUUCUCAGACACCUACGAGAUAAAGGAGGACAUUGGUGUGGGCUCCUACUCCAUCUGUAAACGCUGCGUGCACAAAGGAACCGGCAUGGAGUACGCGGUCAAGAUCAUCAAUAAGGUGAAGCGGGACCCGACGGAGGAGGUGGAGAUUCUGCUGAGAUACGGGCAGCACCCGAACAUCAUCACCCUCAAAGACGUGUACGAUGAUGGCAGGUCGGUGUUCCUGGUGACGGAGCUGAUGAAGGGGGGUGAACUGCUCGAUAAGAUCCUGCGGCAGAAGUUCUUCUCUGAGAGGGAGGCCAGCGCCGUGCUCUACACCAUCACCAAGACGGUGGAGUACCUGCACGUACAGGGGGUGGUCCACAGAGACCUGAAGCCCAGUAAUAUCCUGUAUGUGGAUGAGAGUGGGAACGCUGAGUCCAUCAGGAUCUGUGACUUUGGCUUCGCCAAGCAGCUGAGGGCGGAGAACGGUCUCCUCAUGACGCCGUGCUACACCGCCAACUUCGUGGCCCCUGAGGUGCUGAAGAAGCAGGGUUACGAUGCAGCCUGUGACAUCUGGAGCCUGGGUGUCCUGCUGUACACCAUGCUGACUGGGUUCACCCCCUUCGCCAACGGGCCGGAGGACACGCCGGAGGAGAUUCUGGCUCGGAUUGGCAGCGGAAAAUUCUCCCUGAGCGGAGGGUACUGGAACUCUGUGUCCACAGAGGCCAAGGACCUGGUGUCGAAGAUGCUGCACGUCGACCCCCACCAGCGUCUGACCGCGGGGCUGGUGCUCCGACACCCGUGGAUCAUACACAGAGACCAGCUUCCCAAAUACACACUCAACAGGCAGGACGCGCCGCACCUGGUUAAGGGUGCCAUGGCAGCCACCUACUCCGCCCUCACCAGGAAUGUACCACCUGUCCUGGAGCCGGUGGGCUGUUCCACUCUAGCCCAACGGAGGGGGGUGAAGAAGAUCACCUCCACUGCCCUGUGACCUCAUGACCUCUCACCUCCUCCUCCUCCUCCUCCCAACUCCAUGCCCUGUCAACUCUUGACCUCGAUCUGAUUCCCGCUGGACCCCAACUCUCCCCGGGACAGACUACUGAUGGACCUAAUGGAACCGCUAAUGCCAAAUAGGAACACAACCCCCCCCCCCUCCCAUUCCAUACCAUAAUGGACAAUUCCAAAAUCCCUCUUGAGUGACCACCGGACAAUGACACCGACAGAUAGCCAAGACCUCUGGGAGGCGCUGAGUUAUGUCAGCGAUGAGAAAUUAAACGAGAAUCUGAACUUUGGCCCAUUUUUAAUCUGCCUAUCCGGUAUCCGGUCUCUCCCUGGUUCCUGCUUUGGACAAUCAAGCCCCGCCUCUAUGACCCAGAUGCCGAUGCAUCAGGAAAAGAGACGUGCUGUAUUUAGUCACACCCGCUGGGGCGAUUUCAAAUAGGAAACGUGAUAAUCAAAAUAUAUGCAUUUAAAGGCCUACAAUCAAUGUUGUUAUACUGUUGUCACUGUACUGCGUCGCUGCAGAUUGUGCAUUUUCAACCUCAAGUAGCCUCUUUGGCCGACUGUGUUGGCAGAAGGGGGGCAGAGAAGUGCUGAUGUCAUCAAAGGAAGACAAAAGUCGGCUCUCUGACAGACCCUGGAAGAUCGCUGGCGUACUCCGAAUAAGCCCCAGUUUUUAUUCUGGAGCGAGACAAACCAUAACUGAUCAGUUUGGGCUGGUUCACCUCUCGUCCAUCAGAGGGACGGGCCGACCCGCCUCCAGAUAUGGCUGAUGGUUAUUUGUUUUUUACUGGCGCAUCUUCAGUCCAAGCUUGGUGGCAUCUAAAAGGCUGGGUGAGUGUGGGGUUUGAACACAAAUGGCUGAAGCUGUUUUCUAUGAUGUACAGGAAAAAAGAACAGGUAUGAGGAAACCUCCCUCCAUGGUACAAAGUUGUAGUGAAGCUGAGACUCCUCACAGUCGUUUUGCUGAGAAAUGUACCAUCUGGGCCCAAGUGCUAUGUGCGGAAACAAAGGCCGGCGUUGCACCUCCAUGUUUGUUCGGCAUCGCUCAGAACGGCCAACACUGGAGUUUGAAAUCCUCAGAGUUGGUUUUAAGAGUGGCGUUUAACUGCAGAGUUUCCUCACAUAUAUCUCUACACACUACAUUGUGUUAAAAUACACUUUUUGUCCAGCCUUUGUUUUGCUCCAGGGGACAUCACCAGAACGUGUUUCCGCGAUAUUUCAUCAGCCGCGUUUGGACUCGAGAUGCACAUAAAUACAGACGGAAACAACAACAACGACGAAUAAGUCCGUGGCUCGUCGAGGCCCUUCGGGGUUCGACAGCAGCCGAGCCGAGCAACACAGAGAGACGGGGGUGGUGGUCCUGUGACGAAAUGGUGGAAUUCUUCCCAGGCAGCUGACGCAAAAAGUCGGAUUUUAACCUCGGAGGGAAACUGAACGGAGAGAACUUCCUGCUUCCACAAGCGCUGGUCUGAAAACUGUCAGCACAAAACUUCUGCCUCUUACUGCCAGACAGCAACAACACAAAACUGAUCCUGAAUCAGUGUAAAGCACUGAUGGUGUGCGUGUGUGCAUGUGUGCGUGCGUGCGUGCGUGACAGGAAACUGGAUUGUAAAUAUGCGCUUAGCAACUCAGGUUUCCGCGAAAGUUAAAAGACAAUGCGUUUUCUAUAGGAGAGCAACAUUAAGCACACAGAUGGGUUUUGGGAGGCGAGUGGGAUCGCUGGACGCUCUUUGUCAGAGAGGUCCUACCUAAAAACACAGGCUGUACAUCCACAGGGGGGAUAAUAAACCUUAAAUUCCUUGUUCGGGAUGUCCAGAAUCUAUCAUUUGUGUUCUCACUUUGUGAAGCUACAAUCCUGAAGAUUGACGUGCUGCGUGACUUGCUGCCACCUGCACGCAGGUGGCAGCAAGUCCGCUAUUGGCAGCAGUAACGGUAACCGGCGUGGCCUUUGACCGCCACGAGCCAAGGAUCCACUGGAAAUGAAACGGCCAUAACUGCUGCUCCGGCAGCGCCUUCCUCACCGCCGAACUCUCAAACAAAACGGGUUUUAGCUGUUGAUUGUAAAGGAGCUGUUGGGGAAGAGGUCUUCCAAUAGUUCUCCACCGUAUCUUCUCGUCAGCCCCAACUUCUUGAAGCUUUCGGCUACCUCCUUUCUCCCCCCCUUCGUAUUUGGCU